GCAAGAAAAACAGUUCGAAAAAAAAAAAUCUUCAAAAAGGAGGGGUGAGUUCUAAAGAAAUCUGAAGCUAAGGGAAGACAAAUGGUUUCGAUUUGUUCGCCUUUGUCUCCCAAUCUUGUGGCAAAUUCCAUCUCGGUCGAAGCUCCUCGGAGUAGAGGCCGAUUGCUUACGUCCAGAGAAUAUGGUGUUCUUCUCCAAUUUUGCAUCGACUCCAAGUCACUGGAACGCGGGAAGAUGCUGCAUUCUCGUAUUCGGAAAGACGGGUUCGAGAGAAACCGAGAUUUGCUACCGAGGCUCAUUAAGCUUUACUCCGUCUGCGGCCGGAUUGACGACGCGAAGAAGCUGUUCGAUAGAAUGUCGAAGAGAAAUUCCGACGUGUUCUUGUGGACCUCGAUGAUUUGUGCGUAUGCCAAGAAUGGAAGUAUGAUGAGAUGUUUUGAGCUUUUCGUGCAAAUGCUCGAGCGUAGGGUGCGACCUGAUUCGUACACAUUUUCGGGAUUGAUGAAGGCUUCUGCUGAAUUUGGCUUCCUCGAAUUGACUCUGCAAUUGCAUUCGAUGGUAGUUAGGUGUGGCUGUGGUGGGUGUUUGUCCGUAGCGAAUUCACUCAUUCAUGCUUACGGGUCCUUUGGAGUUGUUCACGAAGCACGCAAGUUGUUUGAUAGAAUGGUUGUUCGAGAUGUUGCUUCUUGGUCUGCCAUGAUCCAGGCAUGUUCUUCCAUGGGAAGCUAUGCUGACUCGAUGGCAUUGUUCUCGAGAAUGCAGCUUGGGGACAGCCUCAAACCGAAUGAGCUUACUGUUGUUGCACUGUUGCCUGCGUGUGGUUUCUUUUCUUCCUUGAGAAAAGGGAAAGCUGUUCAUGCUUAUGUCAUUAGGAAUGGAUAUGAAUCUAAUCUGAUCGUUGGCUCUGCUCUGGUAACAAUGUACUCCCGGUGUGGGGAUCCUGAUGUUGCUUAUUCGAUCUUUACUAGCUUUUACCAAAAGAAUCUUGUCUUAUGGACUUCAAUGAUUGAAGGUUUUGCAUUAAAUGGAAAGUAUGAUAUUGCUCUGAAUUUGUUCAAGAAAAUGCAAGACCAAGGGUUUCACCCAAAUUAUGUAACUUUAGUUGUGAUCCUGUCUGCAUGCAGCCAUGCUGGCUUCGUUGAUGAAGGUUUGCAAAUAUUUGAGACCAUGCAGGAGAAGUUUGGUGUGAAGGCUGGGGUUGAACAUUAUGCAUGUGUGGUGGAUAUGUUGGGGAGGGGAGGAAGACUAGAUGAUGCUGAAAAGUUCAUAGAGAAUAUGGGCACGAGAUCAAGUGGGAGUAUGCUUGGAUCAUUGCUUGGAGCAUGUCAGGUUCAUCGUAAUGUGGAGAUUGGUGAGAGAAUGGCCUACAGGCUUUUUGAACUUGAGCCUCAUAAUGCUGCUAACUAUGUAAUCCUUUCCAAUGUAUAUGCUGCGGUUGGACAAUGGCACAAUGUUGGAAGAGUGAGACAAAUGAUGAUCACCAAAGGGUUAUUGAAAGAUUCUGGAUGUAGUUGGAUUGAGCUUAAAGACACAGUUUAUGUGUUUGGGGCGCAUGAUAGAUCACAUUGGGAGUCUGACAAGAUCUACAAAGUGCUGGAGGAAUUAAGUGAGGAGAUAGGCAGGGUAGGAUACAUGCCAGCCACAGAACAUGUGUUGCUUGAUGUGGAAGAGAAUGAAAAGAAUAAGUUGCUCUGUAGCCAUAGCGAGAGACUUGCAAUUGCUUUUGGGUUGCUGAAAGUGCCUCCGGAAAUGCCAAUAAGGAUUGCCAAGAACCUUCGAGUAUGUGACGAUUGCCAUGAAGCAAUCAAGCUUAUUUCGAGGGUCACUUCAAGGAAAUUUGUUGUCAGGGACACAAAUCGUUUUCAUCACUUUUAUAGGGGAUCUUGUUCUUGUGGAGAUUACUGGUAACACGUUGACAAGGGAAAGAUCAAGAACUACAAUAGGUGCUUUUGUUCUCUUCAAUAAUCAGUUAUAAGACUCUGUUGAGGUCUAUAUGUAUCAUAGAGAAGACCACGGAGCAGCAAUAGCAGUUUAAUCUUUGUCUAACUGCAAGCAACUGGGAGCAUGAGUUCGAGACGAUGAUAAAUUUGAACUGUUCAGCAUAAGUCUUUCUGUGACGCGAUGAUUUGCAGGUGGGCCGAACGAUACUUGUUCAUCGUUGGAUGCUGUCUAGAUUGCCAUCAUUUAAAUCAGCACUAAAUUCUUUCGCCAGUAGUAUCAGCUCCAGUAUAAAUUUUUCUAGAGGUGGAAUGGGAGCUUUAAAGAUCAGACAUGGUUUAGAAGUGAAAAUGGAGAAAAGCCUCCUUGCAACAUUAGAUUUGGGUCAGAAUCCAAAGACUCCGCCAGCACAUAGGCACCAUGUCCAGUACGUGCCCUCCACUUGCAACAUUAGAUUUGGUGUAUUUAUGAUUAUAUUUAAUAUUUUUAAUUAAGUAUGUUGCUCAAUUGAGGGUCCCACCUGUCCAGAUUAUGCCAAAUCUGGAAAUGUUAGGAAGCUUAAAAUAGCCAACUUCAAUACAUUAUCACUUGACCUUUUAUCCUUGUCUAUAUGUGACUAAUGUUUACUUUAUCUGUAUUACAUCUUAUAUAUAUUUAUAUUUAUGAAUUAAAAUAGCCAAAGGUGGAUUUCUUUGCUAUCUCGACUGCUAUCUAAAUCUCCAAAAGACAUGCCGCAUAUGCAGCAGUGAGUUGCUGCAGCAAGUCAUGUCAUGUCGGUGGCCGUUAGACCUUUGGCAAGAAGUAGUGAGAGAGUGAGAGACAGAGAGAGAGAGAGAGAGAGAGAAGAAAUCAGUAGAUCACCAGCCUUGCCAUGACCACCUCAGUCGAGCAUCAGUAUAAAGAGAUGACUGUUGAUACAGCUUCUUCUGCACCACCCAAGAUGGCUGGGAAUCCUGUUGCAGGCUUCUUAUUUCAAGUAGCAAUGUUGAGCUCCCUUCUAUGCUCAAGCAAUGGCCAUGGCCUCAAGAUGGGGUUCUACAAGCAGUCCUGCCCUCAAGCCGAGACGAUCGUUCGCACAACAGUGGACAGCUUCUUCUCCCUCGACCCGACUGUGUCCGCUCCACUCCUCAGGCUGCACUUCCAUGAUUGUUUCGUGAGGGGAUGCGAUGGAUCGGUGCUGCUGAACUCCACCAGGAAGAACUUGGCGGAGAAGGACGCGAAGCCAAACCUAACACUCGAUGGCUUCUACGUGAUCGAUGCGGCCAAAGCAGCAUUAGAGGAAUCAUGCCCUGCCACGGUCUCCUGUGCAGAUAUCCUCGCCCUUGCAGCCAGAGAUGCAGUGUCCUUGGCUGCAGGUCUCGGGAAGGGGAUCGCCAUGACGAAUCAAAGCCUUUAUCAGGUCGAGACCGGACGAAGAGACGGGUUUGUAUCGAGAGCCUCCGAGGCAGAAGCUCAUCUGCCAUCUUCUUAUGCCAAUAUCUCUGCGCUCAAGGCAAAUUUUGGUUCCAAGAGACUCACCGCCCGAGACCUGGCAGUCUUAUCAGGAGCUCAUGCCAUAGGGAACUCGCAUUGCUUCUCGUUCGACAAGAGGCUGAAGCGCUACCAUGGAAAAGGAGGGAUCGACCCGAGCUUGGAUCCACACUAUGCCAUCAAGCUGAUAAGCAAAUGCAGGCCGGGCAACGGCACGACCACCGAGAUGGUGCCUGGAAGCUCGACGACGUUCGACACCAAGUACUACGAGCUGGUGGCCAAGAGAAGGGGGCUGUUCCACUCCGACGCUUCUCUGCUCCAUGACAAGGUGACCAGAGACUACGUCUUCUCCAGGCUCAAGUCACCUGAGUCCAGUUUCUUUGCUGAUUUCGGAUCAGCCAUGGUGAAGAUGGGGAAGGUUGGAGUGCUCACAGACAAAGCAGGGGAGAUCAGGAAGAACUGUGCUCUGGUCAACCGCUAGUAGGAGCUUUGAAAUUGUUGCGGUUGUGUUGCGUCUUUCUUGCAUUCAGGAUUUUGUUGCUCUGUGGAGGUUAAUAUAUGCUAUUUGGUGUCAAA